UCCGGGGCCAGGCCAGCUAUGACCCAGUUCUGCGGCCUUUCCAGCUUGGGACUUCAGGAGUUCCUGUGAAGGGCUUUUGACCCCAUCCCAAGCCUACCUGGAGAUUUCCUGACGCUGGGGACCCUGGAGAUGUUGCUGUUUCCCUUGGCUUCCCUGAGAAAAGCUCCCCUCUCCAUGUGGGGCCUGGCCUCUAUUUCCUGCCAGCCUUCCCUCCCCUGCCCCUUCUGUGCCUUCCCGUGCAGUGUCACCCCCAUCUUCACGCUGUCCAGCGUGUCUGGGGAGAGUCUGGACCUCCUCAAAGUCUUCUUGAACAUCCUGCCCCCGCUCACCAACAGCAAAGAGCAAGAAGAGCUCAUGCAGCAGUUGACAGAAUUCCAGGUGGAUGAAAUCUACACCGUACCAGAGGUGGGGACUGUCGUUGGAGGGACACUUUCCAGGGUAUUGGUUUGUUCCUCAAGUGCAAUAGCUGCCCUCAUGGUUAUAAGAGAGCUGCGGAGGUUCCAGACAUCACAUCCAGACAUAUGUUUAGAGGCUGAAGAGGUGCGAUCUUUUUCUUUGGGGCUAUUUUUAAGAUUAAGAAAACUUUUCCUUGAGGUAAACCCAGAAAACUUGCCCCCACUUCUCAUUAGUCAGGAUUAGGCUACAUGUUCAUUUCUUUCU